AUCAAAAUAUCAACCAAAGUUACUAAAUUUGCAGUAACAUGGAGAUUGAGAGGUCCCAAAAUAUUAAUGAGCCAACCUACCAUCUAUCAUUACUAAAUGGAUUAAUAUCUCUGUCAAGAAAAACUGUCUUCUAGAUUGGGCAAUUAUGGUUACAAAGAAUCUUCAUAGUUGUAAUGUGAAAAGCUUAGCGACUCCACAAAAACUUGUAGCAUGUUUGGAUCAACUUAUUUUUCCAUAACCUCAAUUAUGGCACUAAGAAACCACUCAUAGAAGCUUCUCCCCAUAAUUGAUUUCGUCUUUAGGAUCAACUGUAGAAGAUUUUCCAAACAUGUUAUUGGGUGAGAUGCUUUCAUUGGUGUCAACAUUGGUUCAGAUGUAUCUAACAUGCCAAGUCCAACAGAGAUUGUGACCCUUCUUAAAGCUCAAAGCAUCCAACAUGUCAGACUCUAUGACGCCGACCGAGCCUUGCUUAUUGCUCUCGCUAACACUGGAAUACGCGUAACUGUUUCUGUUCCCAACGACCAGCUUCUCGGCAUUGGUCAGUCCAAUGACACUGCCGCAAAUUGGGUUUCUCGAAACGUCAUAGCUCAUGUUCCUGCUACCAACAUUACUACCAUAGCUGUCGGAUCUGAGGUUCUAACUAUCAUCCCAAAUGCAGCCCCCAUUCUAGUCUCUGCCAUGAAUUUCAUUCAUUCUGCUCUUGUGGCUGCAAAGUUGGAUAGCCAAAUUAAAGUCUCGACUCCACACCCUUCUUCUAUCAUCCUUGACUCGUUCCCACCUUCGCAAGCAUUUUUCAACCGAACUUGGAAUCCGGUCAUGGUUCCUUUGCUUAAAUUUCUUCAAACAACAGGUUCAUGUCUUAUGCUCAAUGUAUACCCGUAUUACGAUUACCAGCUAUCCAACGAUGCAAUCCCGCUCGAUUAUGCUUUAUUCCGCCCCCUACCGCCCAAUAAGGAAGCUGUUGAUGCCAACACUCUCCUGCAUUACACUAAUGUUUUUGAUGCAAUUGUUGAUGCUGCUUAUUUUGCAAUGUCUGACUUGAACUUCACCAAUAUCCCUGUUCUGGUCACUGAAUCAGGAUGGCCCUCAAAAGGCGACUCAUCUGAGCCGGAUGCAACCAUUGAUAAUGCUAACACUUACAACAGUAACUUGAUCAGACAUGUUCUUAACAAUACAGGAACUCCGAAACACCCGGGAAUUGCAGUUAGUACAUACAUUUAUGAGCUUUACAAUGAAGACUUGAGAUCAGGUCCAGUCUCAGAAAAGAACUGGGGGCUAUUUUUUGCUAAUGGAGGACCAGUGUAUACCUUACACUUAACUGGUGUUGGUACUAUAUUUGCAAAUGAUACGACAAACCAAACAUUUUGUAUCUCAAAGCGUAAUGCAGAUCCUAAGAUGCUGCAGGCAGCACUUGAUUGGGCUUGUGGACCAGGGAAGGUUGAUUGUUCCCCUUUGCUGCAGGGUCAACCAUGUCAUGAACCAGAUAAUGUAGUUGCGCAUGCUACAUACGCUUUCAAUGCUUAUUAUCAGAAGAUGGCUAAGUCUCCUGGGACCUGCGAUUUCAAAGGGGUUGCCGCUAUCACUUCCACAGACCCAAGUCAUGGUUCUUGUAUAUUUCCAGGAAGUCAUGGUAAAAAUGGCACCAGCAUAAAUGGCACUUCACUUGCCCCAUCUAAUUCUACAAGUUCAGGCUGUUUAUCGCAAUACUACUACAGUAGGGGAUCUUUCACAAGCUCUGUGAUUCUAGUUGUUUUACUUUUCAGUGCAGCUGUCAUAUAAAACUUGGCAAAUCUCCUGUUCAUCAUUAAAAUAUAAAUUUAUGGAGACAUACUCUGCCUUCAAGAAGACUGCAUCAUAGCAUAUCCUAAUUUUGCCUGUAGAGAAUUUAAAUGUAUAUCAAAAUGUAUAUUGGCAAUUAUAAUGAGUUGUCCGAUGAUUUUUUGUACAAACAAAUCAAAUUAAUUAUUUGAUUGACAUAAUUUAUGUGACCUUAUUAGGGCUAUUUUUAUGUUGUAUCACAAGUUGUAUUCUUUGAAUUGGAAUUUUUGGUCUCUGGUAUCCAUUGAAAUGUUUGACACUGGCA